CUAACAUUAGCGCAUCGUCUCGGGGCUUCCUGCUCUAUUUGCUAAAACACUGGACUGCCCCAGGCCACCCUGCCUCCAGUGGCUGUGCUUCUCUCUGCAAACCCAGGUGGCCUUUGUUGUUUGCUUUUGACAGAUUGGUUUCAGUCCUAGAGGUCCUAGUCUAAAGGAGAGGCAUAAUUCUAAGCGAGAGUUUUGGCUCCUUCCUGAGGUGGCACCCAUAAAUCUGAGUCUCCCUGAACACGGUCAGUCACCAUCACUGAGACCACAGCCCCCAGAAUGGCCACCUACAGAACGCCAUCUAGACCAGUUUUAGUUUCCUUGCUUACACUAGCAGAGUGUUUUCGUGAACCGAGAGAGAGAUUUUCAUGGCGCCUGGAAGGUGAGGAACUGACCCUCUGCCCUUCCAUAUAUCACAGUACUGCUGACUUGAAGCCUUGCAGCUGUCGGCCACAGGGCUGGGAGUGGAGGCUGGAGUCCUAGGGGAGGUCAGCUUCCCUCCCUCACACGGAUGCUCCCACGCAGCUGUCUGGUUAGGGAUCUUACCCCCCAGCCCCCUUGCUGCACAGACAGAUUGCAUUUUCCUUUCUAAACUGGGUCUAGAGUGACCUGGGGAAGGAGGGAAGAGUCUCUCUCCCCCACCCCCAUCCAUCCUCCCUUCCUGAGUUACUGUAAGUUCUGCCGAAUUUCUGUGACAGGUUUAAAUGUUAACAAAUGGACUUUAGGUCUUGCCUGUUUUCAUCUGGGAGAAAAUAUGAAAGAUUGGAAAGCUUCCACCUGUUUAAAAUGAGCUAGAGAGGACCCCUGUUGGCAAAACAAAAUAAAAUUGCCAAGUUUCCCACCAUGCUGAUUUAAUGGCCACAGGAAAGGCGCUUGGACGGUAGGGGAUUGUGUAAGAAGAAAACAGAUUUGAGAAACAGUAAUAAGCACACACGAUCUAUGCAGCACGAUUAUGUGGGGAGAAAAAAAAAAAACAAAUCUAAGGUGAGUGCAGAAUUUCUGAUUGUGUAGAGGCCUAGAGGUUAGAGUGUAGGGACAGCCUUUCAGAUCACACACCCAGUUCAGCUGUUGCUGGUUACAGGGCCUGGCACGUUAGCAUAUUUGCAGGUCUUCAUUUGUCCAGAAAUACAACAGGAGUACUGCUCACUCUUUCGAGUUUUCAGGGGGCUAAGCACUUAACACACAGCCAUCCCCUGGUGAGCAUCCAAGAGUCUGCAGUUGUGACUGCACAGUGGUGUCCCUAGCUAGCUUGGUAGACAGUGGACAGGAGCCACAAGAAGGUUUGGAGGGGAAGUCUCUGCUUUAGAAGAUUCGUGAUCCAUGACUGGCACCGUGGGAAGGAAGGAGCUUUUGGGAUUUGUAAGAGAGUUCAGGACAGCGAUUUGGGAGCCCUCUGAACUCAGGACGUAUUUGAAACCUUGAGUUUUAUGAGUGGGGAAUACAGAGAUUAUUCUAAAAUCGGAGAGCAGAGGCCAGAUAAUGAGGUCCCUGGAUCUAUUAAAAUUUCAUGUGACCCUUGGUCAGCCUGCCCCUCUGUAGCAUCUUAAAAUAAAUCCUUUGGAAGAGAAUGUGGUCUCCCCUAAGGUCUCUUCCAAGAUAGAAUCUCUGUGAUAAGACUUAGUUGUCUGUAAGCUUCCCAAUUGGUAGACCCCAUUGCAUAUGAGAUCAUAGUUUUUAAAAAAUAAAAAAGACAUAUCUGAGAGGCUUUUCCAAGCAAAACCCUUCACACCUUUACAUGAGAGGAGUUUUACUGAAAACUAGAGCAGGUUUUUCAGGGUCUGGCACUGCCCAAUUCCUUCUCACUCAGAUCCUUAGGAAAAAAAAAAAGUAAGUUUCAAGCAUUUGCUUAACUCAAGCCAGGAGUAGCUCAACAUGAAUAAGCUGAAACUGGAAGAAAUCCCUUUGUUCAAUUUGAACUUUGGUGAAUGCUCAGCCAGUAGAGAACCCAGUUCAUUAACUGGGGAAAAGGUACAUUCUAAGGUGUAAACAUACCACGAAGGCAGAAACCAUACACUCUAGAUUGGUGAAACGUCCAUUUUUGUUGUCCAUGAAUGGCAUUAAAAAAUGCAUUUAAAAUAAUGAAUGUAAUUCUAUUAACCACAUGCCAAACUCCCUUCUUAGAAAAAUGUGAUUUUUUUUUCUUGCUCUUUUGGAACUCUGGGACACCGCCUUAACAUUGUUUAAUUUCAUUUUCACCUCAUGUGUGUUUUUUUUUUUUAAUUGACAUUUGAAAAGGAUUUUUCUCAGCUUUUGCAAUAUAAGGCCUGAAAAGUGGCAUUCUGUCUGAGAUGAGUGUUUUUGUUUUUGUUUUUGUUUUUUCUUUCUUGAUGGUCUCAUCUCUGCCACGUUACAUUGUCGCAUGAUGCACAAGAUGGCCCCCUGGGCUCCGUCUGGCCUGUUCCAGGUUCUCCCCCUCAUUGUUCAGUCUCUGUGUGUGAGGCAGUGUUGGGUGGGCAGGUGGGAAAGUCUGAGGGGCUUGAUCCCCUCCCUUCCAGGGCUCCCCCUUUCACCAAUGCUCAUACUGUGCUCCUGAAGAAUAAGCUCCUCUGCGGGUCCGCGGAGGCCAAGUAUUGUUGAAUGCAGAAAGGAAUGGCUUUCUCUUCAUGAUGAUUUGAAUAUUUUGACAAUAAAGCCAAGCUACUCUACUGCCUGGCUUGUGUACCCCGUGUUCUGUAAGCUCCUUCCUGGGCAGCAGACUCGAGUCCCCUCCUCUCUGAAUACAUAAAUCUGUAUUGUCUGCUGGGGAGAUGGGCAGACUCAAUGAAGAAUCAUCCAGACUCAUUUUAUUCUUUUGCUUUCAUGUGUUUUAAAUCUCUUGGGGGAAAAAAAGUUAACACAGGCCUCUGGGGACCACCCAAUUAAAUGACCACAGUCAGCGUGGAGCAUUGUGAGAUGAGGUGAACCACGUACAUGGUCUGUUUACAUGUGCAGACUGAGGACCAGAUGGAAAACAAACAGAUUCAGACAAAUUCAUGGUCACCUCCAGUUUUUUUUUUUUCUCCUGAACUGUAUUUGAUUAUUUUUUUUCAAACUUGUCUCAAGAAAGCUACAGUUUUUCCACUUUUUAAUUUAAAAGGAUGUUUAUAUACAAAACAAACAGACGUAGCCUUUUGAUCAAAUUAAGAGAACAGGAGGUCAACUGAACAAACACUUAGAUGAGAGAAUUAGCUUUUCACAAUCAAUCAUUUUCAUAUUGGUUAAGAAAAUCGAGGCAUCCUCCCUACCCCACGAAAAUCAAUUUGGCAGAAUAGUCUGAGUUGGAAAAGGCCAAGUCAUGGACUGGAUUGAUGAACAGGGAUGUGGAUUUCUAAAUGUGUGUUUGUUCGGUGGUACAAGGUUGGUGUGAGGACCAGGUUACUGAAGACUAGGGAAAGAUAUCAAUUUCCAGGGCCCUGGUCAUGCUCUUUCAGUCUGCUGAUUUGUGAGGUGGUCUUGGAAUUUGUUAUUAUUAUUUUUUUUUUUUUAGUUUUUAUUAAAACAAAAAGAUUUCCUUGCUAAUUCUAAUGCAUAGUCAGGUUUAGUACCCACUUAACUGCAUAUUCAAUUUAGGGAUGUCAGCCUUUCUGAAAAUUUGAUAAAUCUAUAUGCUUACAUAAAACUCCUGUUGCAAAUGCAUGCCACCCACUCACUGCUUUCUUUUGAUUCAUAAUUUGUUUCAGGUUCUGUUACUGCAUAGAUUUGCAUACCUGUUUUAUGGCAUUUUAAUAUUGUUGUUUUAAAAGAAACACCAUUUCCUCUGAGUGCUGUUUUGAAUAUUUUAUGUAAGCAAUUUCAUAUGUUUGUUUUUUUUUUUUUUUUCCUGCUUGCAGAAAGCAGGGGAAAACUUCAGAGUUCUAAUGUAGUUGCAUGUAGGACAAAGGAUAUACUUUAAAUUAAGACCAUCAAUUGAGAUGCUUGAGAUGGUGUAGGGGACUGCCUUGAUACCACGGGGGGGUGGGGGGGGUGGGUGCUCUCAAAGAAAGUUUCAGGUGGUAGACUCAUGGGGGAAUGUUCUUCUAGCUCCAUUCCCUGACAAUGUCCAAGGUGUCUCUCCUUACAGGUUCGAGUCUUCGGACAGACUUCUAGAGGACUCCAUACCUGACCAACAGCUGACAUUCCUGGUCGUGCAGAAGACGGCCAUUCAGGACGCCGAACUAUUGUGAUGAAAAUCUCCUUCCUGCCCUGGAUCUCUCCUGUGUCUCACACUCUGCUUGGCCACACUGCCGCCUCUACUACCCUUUUCUGGAGUCCGGCUGUAGCGACUCCCUACCUUCUUUCUGUCUGUGCUUUAAAUGGCACAGCAUUUGCUCAUCACAUCUGAAAAAGAAGGUGUGAAGAGCAAAGGCCAUGGCUCCGUUCCGCUGUCAGUCCUGUGGCAAGUCCUUCCUCACCCUGGAGAAGUUCACCAUCCACAGUUAUUCGCACACCAGGGAGCGGCCGUUCACGUGCACGAAGGCUGAGUGUGGCAAAGCCUUCGUCUCUAAAUAUAAAUUGAUGAGACACAUGGCCACACACUCACCCCAGAAGAAUCACCAGUGUGCUCACUGCGAGAAGUCGUUCAACCGCAAGGACCACCUGAAGAACCACCUCCAGACCCACGAUCCCAACAAGAUCUCCUACAUUUGCCAGGAUUGCCGCAGGAAGUACCACACCAUGCUGGGCUACAAGAGGCACAUGGCCCUGCAUUCCGCCAGCGGUGGGGGUCUCAUCUGCAAGGUCUGCUCUGCCGAGCUGGGGAGCACCGAGGUCCUGCUGACCCACCUCAAGGCCCACCGGGAAGAGAAGGCCCACCAUGCGACCAGAGAGAAGAAACACCAGUGCGACCAUUGUGAGAGAUGCUUCUACACCCGGAAGGAUGUGCGUCGUCACCUGGUGGUCCACACAGGAUGCAAGGACUUCCUGUGUCAGUUCUGUGCCCAGCGAUUUGGGCGCAAAGACCACCUCACUCGUCACACCAAGAAGACACACUCCCAGGAGCUGAUGCAAGAGAGCAUGCAGGCAGGGGAAUACAUGGGUACCUUCCCUCCCAUUGCGCCGUCCUUCCAGCUGAAGGCUACUGCCAUGCCUCCUUUCCAGCUAGGGGUGCCCGUGCAGAACGGGCUUGCAGGUGGCUUGCCACCCGAGGUUCAUGGUCUAGUGCUUGCUCCCCCAGAGCAGGUCCCCCAGCCUAUGCCGCCGCCAAUGGCAGAGCAGCUUGUUACUCUGCACCCUGGGGUAGUUCCCACCUCUCCUCCUCACACCCUUCAGGAGCCUAAGUACAGUCCUCCUUCUACCUCAUUUGCCCCACUUGCUGGCCUGCCGAUUAAAUCAGAGGCCAAAGGCUUUUGCAACAUGAGUUUCUUUGAGGAAUUGCCUCUGCAAGAGCCUCAGUCGCCUCUCAAACUCAGCCCAUGUUUUGAGAUGGCUAAGGAGGGCCUUGGGAAAGUCACCAUGCCCAAGGAGCUGCUGGUAGAUGCUGUGAAUAUAACGAUCCCUGCCUCUCUGGAGAUUUCCUCUCUGUUGGGGUUUUGGCAAAUCCCCCCUCCUCCCCCCCAGAAUGGUUUUGUGACUAACACCAUCCCUAUGGGGCCCGGGGAACCAAUGCCCCACACGAUCACAUGUCUGGCGCAGCAGCAUGUAGCACCGCUGCCGCCUCCACCCCCGCUGCUGCCGCCGCAGCAGCCGCAGCCGCAGAUGCAGCCACCACCACCGCCACCGCAGCAGCAGCAGCCACAGCAGCAGCAGCCACACGCGCAGCUGCAGGUUCAGCUGCAGCCUGAGCCGCUGCAGCCACUGCAGCCACUGCAGCUGCAGCCACCAUUGCUGCCCCCGCAGCUGCCCCCGCAGCUGCCCCCACAGCCGCCACAACCACAGCCACCUCCGCUGCAGCUGCAGCCGCAGCCGCAGCCACUGCCGCAGCCAGAGCCGCUGCCGCAGCCGAUGCCACAGCCGCUGCUGCCACAGCCACUGCCACAAGAAGCCCAAAUAGCAGUGAGCGCUGUGAAUCUGGGCCAGCUCCCGCUGCCCCCUAUCCCUCACGUUUUUACAACUGGCACCAACACCGCCAUCCUGCCCCAUUUCCACCACGCUUUCAGAUAAAUUGAUUCUUAGGAAGGCGUUUAGCUUGCGGAAGAUGCUUUAAGCAUCAGUUACAGUUGGAAACAUCAGUUACAGUUUGGGAGGAGGAAGCUUUGGAAAACAGGAUUGGGGCUUUAGCUUAUUCGCGAUUUACUAGCUUGAGAGAAAGAAUUCUCUAACUGCAUGCAUUGUGCCAAUAUAUAUCCUUAGUGUUGACGCUUUGUACCAAAUUUAGUGAGCGCGUGCGUAUUCUGUAGUUGAACUGCAAAUAUUAUCGUAUUAUUAUCAUAUUAUUAUCCUCAUAUUAUAUCCUCAUUUUACUCGCAUUUAAUCACAACCAAGAUCCAAAACGACAGCUGCUAUUUUGUAAAUGGUUUAUCGUGUUGAAUUUUAUUGUAAUGAUGUUGACUAAGUAACUUUGUGUGUAGCACCGCCUAGGAAGGACAUGAUGGAAAGGCUUGGAUUUCUCCAACUUGGAAGAUGUUUUUAAGAGAAGAGGGUAAUCUUUGUAUGGCAUUUAGAACUAGGCGGUAUGUUGUGUCUUUUCUUUUCUUUUCUUUUCUUUUCAGGGACUCGCCUGCCUUCAGGGUUGGAUGUAGUUUAGUUCCUCUUCUUGUAGCCUACUUUGUAGUUUAUAGGAAAAGUUCCUUGUGAAGCUAUUGAUUUCUUCAUUUUUAAAGUGAAUUUUUAGUGUAGUCCUCAAUAUUUUUCAUGUGAUGUUGUUGCAAUGUGAGUUAUGACUUCAUUUAUCUUAGAGACAAAACUAGUUGUCAGUUAGAUCUGAGAGAAAAAAAUCACUGUGUAACCAAGUUAAGUAGUAAAAUACUGGAGGCAUUAGUCAGAAGUGUCUCCCCGACUCUCAUGCUCAUGUCUUUAACAGGAAUUUAAGACAAUAUACUGGAAUUAGAAAAAUAAGUGUAUUAGUGUAUUAGAUAAGAAUUUUCUUUGUCUAUCUUAAUGCGGUACUCAACGCUGCUAAAAGUCCCGUUAGUACUGUUUGUAGUCACCCAAUUGAAAAAUGUAUCUGUAGUAGAUUAGUUUAAGUCGUUAGUUUGUAUCCUGAGGAUUGUGUUUGUAAUCACCCAUUUGAAAAAUGUAUCUGUAGUAGUUGAUUAGUUUAAGUCGUUAGUUUGUAUCCUGAGGAUUGUGUUUGUAGUCACCCAAUAGAAAAAUGUAUCUGUAGUAGUUGAUGAGUUUAAGUUGUUAGUUUGUAUCCCGGUGAUUGUGUUUGUAAUCACCCAAUAGAAAAAUGUAUCUGUAGUUGUUGAUGAGUUUAAGUCAUUAGUUUGUAUCCCGGUGAUUGUGUUUGUAAUCACCCAAUAGAAAAAUGUAUCUGUAGUAGUUGAUUAGUUUAAGUCAUUAGUUUGUAUCCCGAGGAUUGUGUUUUGAAAAUGUAACUGUACUUGUAAUCUCCCUCACUUGAUACCUUGUUAAUCGAUUUUGAAAGUGUAAAACCUAACCUUUGAAGACUGUAUCUCGUCUUGAGACUGUCUUUCCCAACAUAUAUAUCCUACAUAUAAUAAACGUUAAGCAUCUAGCA